AAAUAUAAAGUCUUAGAUAAUAAUGGCUGUUUGGCUGGUCACCCUCUUGUUAAUCGGUGUAAUUUUGGUCUUAGCGGCCCUAUUUUUGCAUCAUCGAUAUAGUUAUUUUGCCAGACGUGGAAUAUUGCAUGAGAAACCUGUUUUGAUCUAUGGAAACACAAAGGGUCUUGGCAAGACUCAGUCUGUGCGUGAUCCUUUCCGAGUUUUAUACGAGAAAUAUAAGAAAAAGGCAAAAUAUGCCGGCUUCUAUUUUGGUAUGAGUCCGAAUACUGUCUUGUUUGAUCUGGAUUUGAUCAAACAGGUGAUGAUCAAGGACUUCCAGAACUUUGCAAAUCGUGGGAAUUACUACAAUGAGGCAGAUGACCCAAUAACAGCUCAUCUGUUCAAUCUGGAUGGUCAGAAAUGGAGGAACAUGCGUACCAAACUAACUCCAACAUUUACCGCAUUGAAAAUGCAUCAAAUGCUUCCAAUAGUUGUCCAGAUAUCCGAUAGAUUAGUCCAACUUUUGGGUAAAGAAGUGGACCAGGUCAAGGCUUCAUCAAAGAAUGGUGAGGCUUCUAUCGAAAUCAAGGAUUGGCUGGCUCGUUUCACCACCGAUGGGAUUGGCAGCUGCGCCUUUGGCUUAGACUGCAACAGCCUCGAAGAUCCCAAUGCCGAAUUUCGAGCUGUCAGUCGGCGCCUGUUUACUGAACGCCGCUUGAAUCCCAUAAUAAUGGGUCUACUCAAUGCUUACCCCAGUAUCGGCAGGAAACUACACAUAAAAGUGGCACCGAAAUUCGCCAGUGACUUUUAUACCCGAGUGGUCAAAGAAUCAAUUGAUUAUCGCGACAAGAACAAUGUGAAACGCAACGAUUUUCUCAAUAUCUUAAUGGAAAUGCGUGAAGGAAAGGAUGGCGGAUUGACUUUUAAUCAAAUUCUUGCCCAAGCAUUUGUUUUCCUUCUGGCUGGCUUUGAGACCAGUUCAAGUACCAUGGGUUUUGCCCUUUACGAGUUGGCUACAAAUCAAGAUGUUCAAGACAAAGCUAGGGAGGAAGUCAAGCAAGUUCUGGCCAAACAUGGUGAAUUGAACUAUGAAGCGAUUAAAGAACUGAAAUAUAUGCAACAAGUGUUUUAUGAAACCAUGCGCCUAUGGCCCAUUCUUCCUAUACUGUUUCGUCAAGCUGAGAAAGAGUAUCCAGUGCCCGGAACCAAUGAUGUCUUUGAAGCUGGCACUCACUUGGUUAUUCCCGUCGAAGCCAUACAACAUGAUCCUGAAAUCUAUCCUGAUCCUGAAAAAUUUGAUCCCGAACGUUUUACCCCCGAGGCUGUAGAGCAACGGCAUGCCAUGGCGUGGCUACCCUUUGGUUCUGGUCCCAGAAAUUGCAUUGGUGCUCGCUUUGGCGAAAUGCAAUCAAUUGUUGGCUUGGCAACACUUGUACAUAAUUUCAAAUUUGUUCCUUCGAUAGAUACUCAAAUUCCAUUGAAAUUGAGUAAGACCGUGUUCCUAACAUCGCCAGAGGCUGGCAUUAAAUUGGAUGUUCAAAAGUUAAUGGCUGUUUGGCUAGUUCCUCUUCUAUUAGUCGGUGCAAUAUUGGCCUUAGCGGCUCUAUUUUUGCAACAUCGAUAUGGUUAUUUUGCCAGACGUGGAAUAUUGCAUGAUAAACCCGUUUGGAUCUAUGGAAACACGGCCGAAGUUGGCAAAACUAAGACUUUCCGGGACCCUUUCCGUGAGCUGUAUACCAAAUACAAGGGCAAGGCAAAGUUUGCCGGCUUCUAUGUUGGUCUGAGACCUAAUCCAGUGCUUCUUGAUUUGGAUUUGAUCAAACAGGUGAUGAUCAAAGAUUUCCAAAACUUUGCAAAUCGUGGUAACUACUACAACGAAGAGGAUGACCCAGUCACAGCUCAUCUGUUCAAUCUGGAUGGUCAGAAGUGGAGGAACAUGCGUACCAAACUCACCCCCACAUUUACCGCAUUGAAAAUGCAUCAAAUGCUUCCAAUAAUUGUGGAAAUUGGCGAUCGUUUUGUUGACCUUUUGAAUAAGGAAGUUGCCAAAGUGAAGAAGAAUGGUGAAGCACCUGUUGAAAUAAAGGAUUGGCUGUCUCGUUUCACAAUCGAUGUGAUUGGCAGCUGUGCCUUUGGCUUGGACUGCAAUAGUCUAAAGGAUCCAAAUGCCGAGUUCCGAGUGAUUACUAGAACCCUAUUCACUGUUCGCCGACAUGGACCUCUAGCCAUGGGCCUAAUCAAUACAUUCCCCAAGAUAGCUGAAAAGCUUCAUGUAAAGAUAGCACCCGAUAACGUAAGCGAAUUUUACACGCGUGUAGUUAGAGAUACAGUUGAUUAUCGCGAUAAGAACAAUGUGAAACGAAAUGACUUCCUCAAUCUAUUGAUGGGUUUGCGCGAAGGAAAGGACGGAGGAUUGACUUUCAAUCAGAUUCUUGCUGAAGCUUUUGUCUUCCUAGUGGCUGGCUUUGAGACCAGUUCAAGUACCAUGGGAUUUACCCUCUAUGAGUUGGCUAUCAAUCAGGACAUUCAGGAUAAGGCUAGGGAGGAAGUAAAGCAAGUUCUGGCCAAACAUGGUGAAUUUAAUUAUGAAGCAAUCAAAGAACUGAAAUACAUUCAGCAAAUAUUCAAUGAAACCUUGCGCAAAUGGGCAAUUCUUCCCAUUUUGAUUCGUGUAGCCGAAAAAGAUUAUCCAGUGCCUGGAACGAAUGAUGUCUUUGAAGCUGGCACUCAAUUGAUUAUACCCGCCGAUGCCAUACAUCAUGAUCCCGAAAUCUAUCCUGAUCCAGAGAAAUUCGAUCCUGAUCGUUUUACCCCCGAGGCUGUGGAACAACGCCAUUCGAUGGCAUGGCAACCCUUUGGCCAAGGUCCCAGAAAUUGCAUUGGUGCUCGCUUUGGUGAAAUGCAAUCGAUUGUUGGCUUAGCCAAACUCCUUCAUAACUUUAAAUUUGUUCCUGCCAAAGAGACUCAAAUCCCUCUUCGAUUAAGUAAGACAGCUUUCCUUUUGGCUAGUGACCAUGGCAUUAUCGUGGAUGUACAACCGAUCUAGAUUAUAAGCAAUUGUGUAAGAGUAUAUAACUUUAUUAUGGCAACACAAAUCAGGAAAAUAUAAAAAGGUGUAAAUUA